GAAAAACCACCGGUUUAAUUUCUCAUGCAAUCUUCUUUCAAUUUUUUUCAAUUUCACCCUUCCCAUUCCUUUUUUAUACCCAUUUUAACUUUUAAUUUUAACAAAAUUACAAAAUUAUCAACACCAAAUUAGAAAAUCCAUGCCUGCAGCUUGCUCUUCUCAUCAAAUCUUCCUUGCUGUUUGGAUCGGUCGAAAGGGAAAGGUUGUUGAUGCAAUUGCAGCCGGUAGUCGCUUCAUGGCUGUGCAAGCUGUUAGAAACACCGACACUAGUCCUAUUCUUGGGACACAAAAACCAAAGAUAGCAGAAGAGGUAGCUGUCCCUGUCAUGCCGGUUGAGAGAAACGGCUCAUCAUACGCUUGAACGUAGUCUCAACCAAGAACACCACCAUUGAAGCUAAGGGUGUUCGCGGCUUGGAUAGAUCAAUUUUUUAACCAUUUUUCUAUCAAAUUUAGUUUAAUUAGAUUGAAGAAAUGUCAAACUAAUCC